AUGACAUUUAUUCACUCUGAGGAGUGGAUUUCUGCAUCGAACGGAACAUUUAACGAGUUCAAAAUCCCAAUAGAAAAGCCUGAGAAUGAUAAACGAUUAUAUCGUGUUAUAGAGUUACUUAAUGGCCUACAAGUAACUAUCAUCAGUGAUCCAGAAACUGACAGAUCAAGCGCUGCGCUUAGUGUUCAAGUUGGCAGUAUGAAUAGUCCGUUUAAUUUACAAGGUCUCGCUCAUUUUUGUGAGCACCUUUUAUUUAUGGGCACCAAAAAGUACCCAAAAGAGAAUGAAUAUUCUUCUUAUAUAUCUGAUUACUCUGGUUAUAUAAAUGCCUAUACUCGCACGGAUGCUACAGUUUACUAUUUUGAAGUUGGAGACAAGGGCCUAAAAGGCGCAUUGGAUAGAUUUUCUCGCUUCUUUGUAGAUCCGUUAUUUACAGAGAGUUGUACAGAGAGAGAGUUAAAGGCUGUAGAUUCAGAGCACAAGAAAAACUUGCAAUCAGACUGUUGGCGUAUAUGUCAGGUUGAAAGGUCGCUAUGUAGCCCUGAGCAUCCAUGGAAUACGUUUUCGAUAGGAAAUUUAGAAACCUUGAAAGAAAGCCCAGAGCGUCUUGGAUUGAACGUUCGGGAGGAAUUAUUAAAAUUCCAUAACAAAUUUUAUUCAGCCAAUAUUAUGAAGCUAUGUGUAAUAGGAAAAGAAUCUCUUGACGAUCUUACAAAGUGGGUGGUUGAAAUGUUCUCUAUUAUCCCAAAUAAGAAGAUAGAUUUACCCACAUUUGGAGAUAAUCCCUUGACUUCAAAAGAGCUUACGACUCAAGUAUAUAUCAAGAGCAUCAGGAACGAUCACUAUAUCAUAUUGAAAUUCCCCUUUCCAGAUCAAAGUCAAUAUUAUGACUCUCGUCCCUCCGAAUACAUAAUAAGUUUACUGAAUCAUGAAGGGUCUGGAUCUUGCAUUUUUUAUUUAAAGAAGAAAGGUUGGGUAACUUCCUUGAAUUCAAGCCUUUGCAAUGAAGCCAGAGGAAUUGUAUUUUUUCAGAUAUACAUCGAAUUAACAAAGAAAGGCUUGGAUUAUCAUGAAGAAGUUGUCUUGACUUUAUUCCAAUAUAUUGAAAUGAUAAAAUCUGCUGGUGUUCAGAAAUGGAUUUUUGAAGAGGCCCAAAAAAUGGGUUCUAUCGGAUUUCGGUUCUCUAAGAAACUCUGGCCAUCCGACGAUACAAAGAAAAUCGUCGAGACAAUGGAAGAUAACAUACCACCUCAAUUAUAUAUUAGCUCUUCGGCAACUUUGAUUAGAUACGAUCCAGAGUUAAUUAAGAAACACCUGUAUUUUCUUGCACCCGAUAAUUUUAGAUAUAUUAUCGUAAGUCAAGUAUUUCCUGCUGAUAUCAAAUGUUCCCAGACAGAGAGAUGGUACAAGACUCCAUACGACGUCCAAAAUUUCAGUCCAGAGUUUAAAGAAGUAAGUAUAAAACUUACAUUGUCCCAACAGAAACUCAAAAACCCUGGGACCAAUGCGGCCUUCAAGCUUCCUACUAAGAAUGAUUUGAUUCCAACUAAAUUUGAGACAGGUUCUAUCUCAAAAGAACGUCAGAAACAACCUUUAUUAAUCAAGGAAGAGCCCGGGUUAAGACUUUGGUAUAAAAGAGAUGAUACAUUUUCUAUUCCAAAGACAUAUUUAUGGGCCAACCUUAAAAACCCAUUGGGAUAUUGUACUCCGCGUCAUACGGUACUCUUAAUGAUAUAUACCUCCAUGAUAAAUAAAGCUAUGACAGAAUAUACUUAUAACGCAGAGUUAGCUGGGUUGACUUAUCAAUUGUAUUGCUCUUUUGAUAGUUUGACAAUACAUCUAGCCGGGUACAGCGACAAACUUCCUCUACUCUUCGACAAACUACUAUACACCAUGACACAUCUUGUUAUCGAUAACGACCAGUUUGAGAUCAGAAAAGAUGAAUUGAAACGAUCCUAUGAAAAUAUUUUCGUGGGAUCUCCUUUCAACUACAUAGAUAUCUAUGUAUCGGUUCUUAUUCGGGAUUUUAUAUGGGAAUAUAAGGAAUUGUGGCCAGAGCUGACGGAACUUAAGCCAGACGAUGUCCUAAACUUCUAUCCUACCUUCCUCAAAACACUAAAUGUGGAAGGCCUCGUACACGGAGCAAUGGGACAAUCAGAUGCAGUAUCUCUUUUCGAUGCCAUAAAAACCACCAUAAAUUCCAAACCUCUCGUGCCUAGCCAGCUGAUCAAUUCACGAAGCAUUUAUCUCCCGGAAGGACAGCAUUUUGUUCAUCAAAUUCCCGCAAGUGAUCCAGAAGAUGUGAACUCUGCAAUUUUAUACUAUAUCCAGGUCUGCAAACCAACAAAUAUACGCCUUUACAUACUGUUAAUUUUGGUGCAACAUAUCGCCCAAGAGCCGAUAUUUGAUCAUCUGCGAACAAAAGAGCAGCUUGGAUAUGCAGUAUAUAGUGAAGUAUAUAUCGAAUAUGGGAUAACUGGGCUCACUAUCACCGUACAGAGUGAAAGAGACCCUAUAUAUCUGGAAAAUAGAGUUGAAGUAUUUUUGGAUAAGUUACGGGAGAUUAUAGUAGAUAUGACUUAUGAAGAGUAUAAGACCCAGGUAGAUUCUAUAGUCAAUGCAAAAAAACAAAAAUUCAGAAGCAUCUAUCAAGAGGCAUCCGAGUAUUGGAGCCACAUUGACUCUGGCUCUCACGAGUUUGACCGAAAUCUCAAGGAAAUCACCGAAAUUGAAAAGAUUGAAAAGGCUGAUCUACUCGAUUUCUUUGAUGUAUAUAUCAAUCCUAAUUCUCCGCGUUAUAGCAAGCUCUCGAUCCAUAUUCAGGCACAGAAGAAGUUUGCCAGAGAAGUUUGCCAGCAUGAUGCAGAAAGUGUACUUGAAAUAUGGCUUUCUGAAAAUCCAGCUACAUGCAUCUCUGAUAAGAUAUCUACUAAAAAAACAGAAGAAACUAUUGAUAUAUCCUCUCGAGACCACACUAAAUUGGCUAGCGGAACGACUUUUAUUACAGAUAUUACCCGGUUUAAGAGUGAAAUGUCACUUUCUCCAGCUCGUUUAUCUUCCUAUAAAUUUAAUUACCCUUAG